AGUAACGAGAGAAAAGAAUAAUGGAAAAGAGAAUUUCUAAUCCGCGCGUUAGAGAGAUCCGAGGACGAUAUAUCGACCAUCUGGAUACAACAAUGGCGGCCCCCGUGGCCGAGUGUCCAUGUGGAGCCUGUGCUAAAGCUCGCGUAACGAUUCGACAGAUCUUCGAUGUAUUAAACAUAUACGGUUGGUUGCUAGAUUCGUACGUAGUGGAUUUCUUCGAGCAGCAAUCGUGGCAGAAACUGCCGAGCAGCUGGAAACCCGUGCUGCGGACGGUGACGCCUGACGAGUUCGGGAACUGGUUAGCUGGCGACAUCUCGCGAACACGAGUAUGGCCUCUGUCGUUGCUGGCGCUUCGACGCGUGACAAAAGAUUUGCAGCUGAACCGAGACCAUCAGAAUAGUAAGAGUGUCUUGCGGUGCAGCCGAGCAAAGAGAACCGAGUGUGAGAACUCGAAGGAUUUGAUUUUGGGAAAUGAUGACGGGAGAGCGACACGCGACGCACGCGUUGCUUUGUGGAAGCAUAAUAAUCAUUUCCUGAAACACGUUAAAAUUAAAAAGCGCCAUGAAAUACAGCAGAUGGCACAGAUAUGCGCGGAUUGCGCGCAGGAGUCUAACGCCAAGUGCGUUGUUGACGUUGGCGCAGGCAUGGGUCACUUAGCGCGAUCACUAGCGUUUAAAUAUGGCCUAUGUGUAACGUGUAUCGAGCAAGAUGCACCGUUAUCGCAACGAGCACAAAAGUGGGAUAAAGAACUGUCGAUAUCUCUGGCUAAACACGUGUCCGGCUUGCCAAUCCACCUGCCGCGACACGUAUCAGCUAAACUGGAAAAUAGCAAUUCCGAUCAGACGGAAACGAUUAGGCAGAUACGAGAAAUAUUUAUUAACGAUUUUAAUCUGAACGAGGAGAGGUCCGGGUUCGGUAUUGUGGGGCUGCAUCCGUGCGGUGAUCUCGCCGCCACGUUGUUAAGACUUUACACGUCUCGACAGGAGGCGAGAUUUAUCUGUAUUGUAGGCUGCUGCUACAUGAAGCUGACACUAGAAGAUUCGGCAAGUGCCUUGCACGGAUAUCCGCUCAGCAAAUAUCUGUCUUCGUCUACCAAUCGCAAGCUGUCUUACACGGCGUUAGAAGUGGCAUGCCACGCUAUCGAGAGUCACUGUGAUCGACUAAGGACUGGGAACUAUGAGGACUUAAUAGUGCAUGCUUACAGAGCCGCUCUAGAAACUAUUCUGACAAAAUACGACGAACGACUACGUCACAGCCAAGUGAGGAACGUGAAAGUAACGAGAUCCAUGACGUUCGAAGAGUAUUGCACCCGUGCGACUGCGGACCUUGAACCACGUGUUCGGCCUAAAGAUUCCGAUAUUCAAAAUCCGCAGAUCAGGUUUCAUUUGAGUCAGUGGCAGCGGAUCGUAAUAUUCGGAGCGCUGCGUACAAUGCUGGCACCAUUAGUGGAGACCGCGGUACUGCUGGACAGAUUUCUGUAUUUAUCAGAAAAUAAUUUGUCCCCUACAUUGAAGCCUAUCUUUGACGCCAAAUUGUCACCUCGAAAUUUUUUAUUAUUUUCGGUCAAAAGUGUCGAAUUGAAUUCUUGAUUAUUAGCCAAACGUUCUUGUUUCUUUUGGAAAUAAAGCUCUAGAGAGAGAGAGAAGUUUAAUCAUAAAAU